UGCUAUCUAUCUAUGAUAUCAAUCAGCCACCCAUCCAUAUCCCUAAUAUUGUGUUUUGUUUGCAAUUGCAAAUGUAUCCCCCUCCUCUAUUGCAGCAGCAGCAGCAUGUUUGUUUUAUGUUUAGGGGUCCAUGUUGUCGUGUAAAAACAGAUCAUCAUCAGAAGCAAAAGCAGCAGCGGUAUGCAGUAUCGAUGAGAGGCAAAUCGGAAAUGAGAUUGGCCAGAGACAGAGUUAUAGAUUUCGGAAAAUACAAGGGGAAGAUGCUGGGAAGCCUUCCGUCAAGGUACCUGAGGUGGAUAUCAAAAAACUUACGAGCACGGGAUUUUGAGGAGUGGGCAAAUCUUGCAGACCAAGUCCUUCAAGACCCAAUUUACGGAGACCGCAUCGAGUGGGAGUUCGCUUUCAAUGUAUUGAAUGGCAACAACAACACUACUGCUAGAUCCAGUGGAGCAGAUUGUGAACUCCAGGAGAUAAGCGAGAGGUUUGGUUGGGAUAACAAUGACAAGGUUGGUUGGAGCAAAGUUGAUUUCGACCUUCUCGGCACUUCUAAAGGAGGGAGAAUUCCCAGACUCAGUCAUGAAGCCACCACAGACACCCAACCUAACGACCCACCACCUACUUCUACUUCUACUGCUAAUAGGACUAAGAGGAUGGAGAGAAGAGAGAGACAGAAAAUCAGAUUGAGGAUCAAUAACACACAUAAAAAUGAAGCACAACGGCACUUUGAAGAAGAAGAAGAAGAAGAGGAAAACAACUUCAAUUACAGCAACCCAUUCCCUGGACGUCAAUCUCUUCUCCGUAAGGCCAUCAACCACCGCACUCAACUCGAAUACUAAUUUUCGAUAUCUUUCUUUUCUUCUUUUCUAACAUCAGUAUCUGUUGUAAUUCACUACUAAUAAUUGUUAUUCCACUAUUUUUUUUUCUUCUUUUUUUACUGCCUUUUUGUUAGGAAUUUGAUUCCUCUUAUUUAUGGUUUAUGGUUUUUGUUAGGAAUUUGAUUCCUCUUAUUUAUGGUUUA